AAGUCGCUUAUGGGCAUGAGGGGCAAAAGAGAAGGCCAGAGGAAAGAAUCUGAGAGGGCAAGGAAAAGCGGGAGACAGAAUGGAAAGUUGGGAGACCUGCGGGUGGCUAGGAGGGGCAGAGGGCUGAUCUUCUUGGGGAGGCCCUUUCGGGCCGGUGUAGAUGUGAUGUCAGGGAACCCAGGACAAAACGCGGCAUCUGGGCUUUACCACGAGCGGCAGCGCCUUGAGCUGUGUGCUGUCCAUGCCCUCAACAAUGUCCUGCAGGAACGACGUUUCACCCAGGAGGCGGCUGAUGAGAUCUGCAAGAAGCUGGCCCCCGAUGCCAGGUGGAACCCCCACCGCAGCUUUCUGGGGACCGGGAACUAUGACGUCAAUGUCAUCAUGGCAGCUCUCCAAAGCGCCGGGCUAGAAGCCAUCUGGUGGGACAAGCGCAGGCCGCUGGAGCAGCUCUCCUUGGAAGGAGUUUUUGGGUUCAUUGUCAACGUCCCGUCCAACGUGUGUCUGGGCUUCCUGUCUCUUCCCUUGAGGCGUCGGCACUGGUUCGCUGUGCGUCAGCUUGAUGGCAUCUACUACAACCUCGACUCCAAGCUGAAGGCUCCGGCUCCGAUUGGUGGUGAAGCUGAUCUCAGGGUAUUCCUCCAGGAUGUUCUGUCUCAGGGCCCCUGCGAAUUGCUGCUGGUUGUCCCCCAAGAGACCGGCGAAGCUGGGAACUGGCUAAGCACUGUCAGGUGAUCCCUGGCACCCAAGACUCCACCUGGGCCUGCUGGACCUGAAGCACUCUGCUCCGUCCCCUUUGUGCCGGUUGCUGCAUGUGCUAUGGGGAAGGAGGGCAGCAGUGCCCCUUCGUUUACACUGCCACUCUGAGAGCUGUCCGUGAAAUCCAUCCUUCCCUCUCCCCUUCCAGGAAAUGGGUGUUCCCAGCCCCCCUCCAUUCUUUUUAAUGACUUUGCCUGUUCCAGGACAUUAUGGAAUAAAGGAUGUGGUACCAAGUGGCAGAGGGUCUCCUCCUGGCAUGACCAUUUAGAGCACAGGAAUAGCCAUGCAAGGGUCUUUGGCCAACCGGAUCUUUCUGGAGGCGGGGGGAGUCUACAGGCAGGGCUUGAUGGUGAUAGCCGUCCCCUGGGUGAUCCCCACCAUGUGACAGUCGGUGGUACGAAUGUGGCUUCGGCCUGGAGGCUGUGCAUCUGACCAACAGGGAUAGCGGAGCUCUCCUCUUUGUACUGCUGUGAUCCUUUUGUAGAAAGCCAUUUCCGCUUAAGCAUUGUAAUAGGUUCAUUGGGUUAAGUAAGAACGUCUUCGCCUUUGCCUUAAAUCUGCCCCCGCUUACGCUUUUGAAAGGCGUUGCUCUGAAGGAAAUUGGGAGGGAAGGGAAGGGAGGGUGCAUGUGGAAGAGCCGAAGAUGUCAAGCCAAAGCUUGCGUCGGCGAGUGGAACCUUUUGAGGAGCUUGGGGGCUGUUGUACUCAGAACAGCGGCACUUUCCAUUGGGGGGAAUAUGUGGAGAGCAGUGGUGUAGUGGCACCAAGGUCCGCAGGGACACAGCACUGGCACUUUUUUAGUUGCAGGGACUCAGAUAUCGUCUGCCGCCCUCUUCAGCAUUCCCUGCUCCCUCUGAGCUUAACUGCAAUUCUCACUGUAGCUGGGAGGAAAAUGAAUCUUCCAACAGCAAUAUAUUUUUCCUUGCUGCAAAGCAAAGUAUUCUGGUGUGGCUUGGUCUUGAAUGUUCAAUAAAGGCUGGUUAACUUCACAAAA